AUGGUAUACGGGGGCCAAUGGUUCAAAGGUUAUCACAACAAAGGUAUAAUGAGUGCGAUUAUCAUAGCGAGGGAUCACAGCGACAGAGUCCCGAACGAUCAUGGAACAGCUCAAGGGUCGAUUCUUAGUCCAACUGAGUACCUUAUAUACAUCAACGAUAUGUGUAAUUUAUUCCACAGCUCACAGGGAUCUAAGUACUGCGGAGAAGCUGAUGCAUACUGA